AUGGACGGGAUCAAUACAGCCCUGUUGCUAUUAAUCCUGUUGCUGAUGUCGAGCAACUCUCGACGAAAGCCUUCCAAGACAAAAACUCGCAGGUUUCAUGCAGCCAGUGACAUCUCCAUGACUCAUGUCAAGGCUAUGAGAAGCAUCACCAAGAAUGGCACUGGCUCGGGUCCGAGAAAAAGUGUAGGUCCCAAGGCCGAACUUCAGAGCGAGAACUCGAGAGAUGCCUCGCUCACGGUCCCUCCUUUUGUUCACGGCAACCAAGACAACAAGAAGCGCACUUCAAUCUCCGUUGUCUACUUAGGCUGGCCCCUUUACGGCAUCCAAUGGGCAACCCUGGUAGAAAUGUGCGGCGGAAAUGGUCUGCAGAAGAUCGUUGUGCACAAGCCCUGA